AUGAAGAAGUCGCGGUCGGGGCCGAGCUCGCCGGCGAACAUGCGGCGCAUGGUCUCGGGCUCCAUGACGGUGAAAGUGGCGGAGGCCUCGAUGGACAUGUUGACGCCGCCGUGCUCGCCGAACUCGUGGCGAGCGGAGGCCAGGGCGGCGGCGGGAUCCUCCCAGACGCCGCCGGGGGGCAGCAUGGCUUUCUUGGAAGGGUAG